AUGCCUGAAAUUAACAAUGGACUAUUGAGGGAAAAUAGACUAUUUGACAGUGUUAUUUGGGUUAGUUCCUCAAAGGACAUGAAAACUGAGGAGUUACAAAAGGUUAUUGCAGGGAAGUUUGAUAUAGAACUUUCAGGAUUUCAGGAUGAGACUUCAAGCGCUGCCACACUGUUUGAAGCUUUCCAAAGAAGGAAGAAGUUUGCCUUGAUUCAGGAUGAUCUAUGGGAGCCAUCCUCUCUUGAAAGAGUUGGAAUACCAAUUCCAACUGUGGAGAACGGUUGCAAAUUGAUAAUAACUACUCGAAGGGUAAGCGUUUGCCGAGGCAUGGAAACAACAGAUAGAGAUAUCAAAGUAAAGGGUGAAGCAUUGGCCUCUCCGGACAUCAAACUGAUUGCAAAAGAUGUGGCAAAAGAAUGCAUGGGAUUGCCUCUUGGUAUUGUUACCGUGGGGCGUGCCUUGAGAAAUGCAACUGAUAUAUUUCAGAAUGGCAGAUUUCAUUGA